AUGAUAGACAAGGAUAGCGGUGAUGACAGCCCUGGUCCGAUCAUCAUUGUGGUCUCGAUCAUCACAUCGUGGUGCCUUCUGAGGCAUGGCAGGCGCAGGAUCGGUCUGAUAUCAGGUGUUGGAACGGCUAUGGCCACCUCUUGUCUGGUGGCAUUUCUCUACUACAAAAGUCUGCCCGGCGUUCAGCCUUUGCCCAACACACGUGACACCAAAAUCAUAGCAGGUCUCAUCAUGGUCUAUGUUGCCAUGAACACGUUCGGCAUUUUCAGUCUGCCUUGUCUCAUGAUAGGAGAGGUUCUACCAUCCAACGUAAGAGGCUCUGUUUCGGGAGUAAUGCACAGCCUUAUAAAUCUGAUGAUCUUCACAACGACGAAACUGUACCCUUCAGUGGCCGCCAUCUUGGGUCCCAUCGGAGUGUUCACGGCCUUCACAAUCGUGUCCUUGAUAACAACUGUUUACAUCUAUCUGUUUCUGCCGGAGACUAAGAACCGGCCUUUGACCCAGAUCGAGGAGUAUUUUGCUGAAGGAAAGAACUAUCUGUGGCAAAAUAGGGAUAAGGAGCUGACAAGGCGGAAGGUCGACACUAUUAAGCUAUGAGUGAAGUGAGGAGGAGGACUGGGAGUAGAAGGAGAAGGAGGAGGAGGAGAAGGAGGAGGAGAAGGAGGAGGAGGAGAGGAGGAGGAGAAGGAGGAGGAGAAGAAGAAGAAGAAGAAGAAGAGAAGAAGAAGAAGAAGAAGAAGAAGAAGAAGAAGAAGAAGAAGAUGAUGAUGAUGAUGAUGAUGAUGAUGAUGAUGAUGAUGAUGAUGAUGAUGAUGAUGAUGAUGAUGAUGAUGAUGAUGAUGAUGAUGAUGAUGAUGAUGAUGAUGAUGAUGAUGAUGAUGAUGAUGAUGAUGAUGAUGAUGAUGAUGAUGGAGAAGAAGAAGAAGACGUUAUGAGAGUAAGAAGGAGAAUAAGAAGAAGUAAAAGGCAAAUGCAAAAACUUGAUUCAGAGAAAUUAACAAAUAAAUAAGACAGUUGAAAAAUUGAGAAGAUAAAGAAAUAUUCAAAGAUGAAUGAAUAUAUAUAUAGUGAAAGAGUAGUGAGAGAAAUUACAAAAUGGAGGAGUAUGAUGGAAGAAAUAAGAGAGACAAAAGAUAGAGCUGAAAAGAACAAGAUGUAAAAAUGACGAAUGAAGGACAAAAAGUGAUAAAAAGAGUAGAGAAAGUUCGAUUAUGAACAAAAUAUUGACCUAUUGUCAAUUAUCUCCAAUUAUGAAUUGAUUUUCACUGCUUUGAUACAAAUAAAAUUGUCAAUAAUCAAUUAUUGGUAAAUUUUCACCAGCAUAAUAUUAUUUGGUUAUAGAUUGACCAACAAACAAGUUUAUAGCUUUGAAAAGGAUGAAAAUUUAAUUUUAAUAAAAUUGAAAAUUUAAAAGUCCCCCUGUUAAUAACAAUAAAAUGAAAAUAACUAUUCAAUUCGUCAUAUCAAGAUAAGAUAGCAUGUUGUUCUCAUCAACCCAUGUAAAAAAUGUUUUAAACUAUUUCAGUUAGUUCUAACCUCAAAUUUGAUAAUCAAGUUUCGAAUUCAAAAUGAAUAUUGAAACAGGAAUUCUAAACUCU